AUGCCUUCCUCAGUGAUACUUCAGAAAUUAAUGUCUCAGGUCAAAUCUUCAAGGAAAUCGAGAUAUCCACUGAGAUCCGAAUCUCCAAAGAUGAGAGCCAAGUCUCCAACAAAGAUUGCAAAAUCUCCACGGAGAUCCAAAUCUCCAAUGAGAUCUAAAUCUCCAAUGAGAUCUUCAGUGAGACUUCGGAAUUUAACGUCUCAGCUCAAAUCUUCAAGGAGAACAAGAUAUCCAAUGAGAUCCAAAUCUCCAAAGAGAAGAGUCAUGACUCCAAAGACUAGAGCAAAGUCUCCAAGGAGAACAAAAUCUCCAAUGAGAUCCAGGUCUCCAAGGAGAUCCAGGACUCCAAUGAGAUCCAAAUCUCCAAUGAGAUCCGAAUCUCCAAAGAUGAGAGCCAAGUCUCCAAAGAUGGGAGAAAAGUCUCCAAUGAGAUCGAGAUCUCCACGGAGAUCCAAAUCUCCAAUGAGAUCUUCAUCUCCAAAGAGAAGAGUCAUGACUCCGAAGACUACAGCAAAGUCUCCAAGGAGGACCAAAUCUCCAAUGAGGUCCAGGUCUACAAGGAAAUUCAGGUCUCCAAGGAGAUCCAGGACUCCAAUGAGGUCCAAAUCUCCAAUGAGAUCCGAAUCUCCAAAGAUGAGAGCCAAGUCUCCAAAGAUGGGAGCAAAGUCCCCAAUGAGAUCGAGAUCUCCACGGAGAUCCAAAUCUCCAAUGAGAUCUUCAGUGAGACUUCGGAAUUUAAUGUCUCAGCUCAAAUCUUCAAGGAGAUCAAGAUAUCCAAUGGGAUCCAAGUCUCAAAAGAGAAGAGUCAUGACUCCAAAGACUAGAGCAAAGUCUCCAAGGAGAACCAAAUCUCCAAUGAGAUCCAGAUCUCCAAUGAGAUUCAAAUCACCAAUGAGAUCAAGAUCUCCAAGGAGAUCAAAAUCUCCAAAGAUGAGAGCAAAAUCUCCAAUGAGAUCCAGAUCUCCGAGGAGAUCCAAGUCUCCAAGGACUCUUUUCUCUCCAAAGGGAAGAGUCAUGACUCCGAAGACUAGAGCAAAGUCUCCAAGGAGAACCAAAUCUCCAAUGAGAUCCAGGUCUACAAGGAGAUUCAGUACUCCAAGGAGAUCCAGGACUCCAACGAGAUCCAAAUCUCCAAUUAGAUCCGAAUCUCCAAAGAUGAGAGCCAAGUCUCCAAAGAUGGGAGCAAAGUCUCCAAUGAGAUCGAGAUCUCCACGGAGAUCCAAAUCUCCAAUGAGAUCUUCAGUGAGACUUCGGAAUUUAAUUAUUCGGGCUACUGUUUCCGCUUCCAAAGAGCGCCAUGGAAUAUCCCUGCCUGCCUUGAUGAAGGCUCUGCAGGCUGGAGGAUAUGAUGUUGCGAGGAACAACGCCAGGGUCCUCCUCACCAUCAGACGCCUAGUGGCCAGCAAAUAUUUGGUUCAGAAAAAGGGCCCCUCAGGCUCCUUCAAGGUGAACAAAAAGGCUCCUGCACCUUGA